AUGGAGACAGCAGUCCUCGUAGCAGUGCCCAGCCGUGGGCAGCCGAGUGCUGAGCCUGCAGCUCUAGAUGUGAGCACAGGAGUGGAAGCUGAUACAAGAUGUUCUCGCUGCAGAGGCCGCUCGAGAGAUCGAUCUGUGAGUCGAGGUCGAUCGCGAGGGGUAGGUCCCGCGGUCGCUCUCGAGGAAGAUCACGUGGUCAUUCUAGAGGAAGAUCCCGUGGCCAUUCUAGAGGAAGAUCCCGUGGCCAUUCUAGAGGAAGAUCCCGUGGCCAUUCUAGAGGAAGAUCCCGUGGCCAUUCUAGAGGUAGGUCUGCAGGACCAUCAAAUAACAUGGAUCAUGGAUGUCACAAGGAAAAGUAUCACGAUUGCUGCAAGCAAGCGCAGAAAGGAAGAGCAAGAGAAGAAUCAAGGCAGCGAUGCAGACACCAUUCAAGGGGUCACUCCAGAGGCCGAUCUAGGAGUCAUUCCAGAGACCACUGCAGUGGAAAAUGUAGAGGCCACUAGAGACAUGUCGUGGUCCUCCGAUAUUAAUAAUAUAAUGUAUCUACAAAAACUAUAA